GAUAGCAUCAGUAGAAUAGUUGUAAACGCGAUAUGGCGAUACUGAAUGAUUCAUACAGCCCAUUGGAAACAGAUGUUCAGUAUCUUCAUCUAAAAACUGGUUACCAGUUCAAUACUCUCGCAUGACUUAUUGAUUUGUUUAGGUGCUAUCGUUGAGAGGGUUAACCAACGUCUUAAAAAACAGAAUUGGUAUUGACAAGAUAGAUAUCAACAAACACACUAAAGAUGAAGGUUUGUCCAGAAUUGUCACAGAUGUUUUUCCUAUUUUUAAUCUUCAUAUCACUCUCAAGAGUCCAAUCUACAAACAUUUCAUCGCCAGGAUGUUCAGAGAGAGGAGUCCAAAUCACAAGUAGACAAGGCAGGAUAACUUCUCCUAAUUAUCCAAACUUCUACCCACCAAAUAUAAGAUGUAUUUGGAACAUCACGGUACCAGCUGGUUACGUCGUCCGCUUGACGAUAGUAUUGAGAGUGCUUAGUUUCAAUUAUUACUUUUGCGAAGGAGCAGGUGUAUAUAUCCAGGACGGGCCAUCUUUGUCGCAGAGCCCUGUUUUGCUUAAAGCCUGUAGAUCUUGGACCAGUACUACCUUGUAUUCAUCUUCUCGUCAUCUUCUUUUGACGUUCAAGUCAGAUAACGCUCAAUCAAAUGGCUUUCUAGCACAUUUUAUAGCUCAUUCUGACGACCAAAGUAAGUACUAGAUUGAGAUGGUAUGGAGAUGAUGAUGACUCUGUGCUGUUAGUGAUGAUGAUAGUCAUGAUGGUUUGAUGUUAUCUAUAAUGAUGUGGGUGUUAAAGGGGGUGAUGAUGAUGUGGAUGAUGAUGGUGAUGAUGAAGAUGAUGGUGGUGAUAACAGAAAAUGUCAAUGAUGAUGAUGGUGGUAAUAACAGAGGAUGAUGAUGAUGGUGGUGAAAAUGGAGACUGAUGGUGAUGAUGAUGGCUGAUGGUCGGUGAUAGUGGGGAUGGUGACUCUUAUUGCUACAUUUUUCCCGUGCGCAUUUUUCGCCUUUGUAUUCAGACCUUAAAUAUGUACAUAAUUUAUACUAAAUUAAGUUCACUUCAGUUCAAUAAGUAAUUUUCAGUUCAACGUUGACCAUCUUAGGCCCCGUCCACACGUAUCCGCAAAUGUUUGUGUCCGUAUCCGCAAAUUUUACGAUUCUACG